GCCCCUCAUAAGUCAUAACCUCACCUCUCAUCCACUCUGACCAACUGAGGAGCAAUAACAAUUGCACAAUGUCUGCCGCUAAGUGUCUGGUGUCUCUGAUGGUGGUGCUGGUGGCUGCAGUGUGCGUGGUCCAUGCACAGGAGAGGAUUCAGAUGUGUGGGAGAGAGCUGAUACGUCUGGCCGUGUCGUCCUGCGGUAACUCUCGGCUGAGGAGAAGCAUCCCGGACGUAGCACAUGGGCAGCAUCAAUACACCUCCUACUGGAACCAGGCCGCCUCCGCAGAGGAGCUCCAGGCUGCAGAGAUGGACCACAUCUCUACAGAGUCUGACGGGGAGAAGGGUGUCUCCACCUUGGUUCCUCACUGGUACCCCAUGUCCUCUCGGAUGAGACGAGCUACUGGGAAAAUAUCUGAUAUUUGCUGCGAGAAAGGAUGCAGCAUGAAAGAGUUGAUCCAGUUUUGCUAGAUGUAGCUCCCUACUUGUCAUACAAUAAAAAUAUUGUCUUAAAAUGUUCUGAUCUGUUGUUUAAAGGAACCUUUACUAAGUUGCCUUAUCCUUGAGAAGAAUGAUUUGCUAUAUUUCCAAUGAUGUAGCAUUCUAGCAAACACUUCACAUUAUAGAUACUUGAUCAUAUUUCAUAAAAAUAACUAUUUAUUACAUCCCAUACUGCAGGGAAAAAAAUAACAUCACUCAAAUUGAAAUGGAAAUUGUUGUUUAUUUUGUGUUAAUAUAAUUUAUUCUCUGUAUAAUUGUAGAAGUUUAUUUGCAGCCCUCAAACUGCACUGUAAUAAAGCUUUUGAUGAUUAUU